AUGAGGCUGUCAUUGGCGUUUGUUCUUUUCCCAUUGAUCACUGUUUCGGUGGCAGCGUGGAGCUCACAAAGCCCAAAACAUCAUGGAUCUCCCUCCAGAACUCGAUCUGCCCAAGCCGUGGGCCACGAGGCUCCUAGUUUGAUUGAUUUUCAGCGUCGUCACUUUCAAGAGGACGUGUUGAUCCGCUUGCAUAGUUCUCGCCAGCCAAAUCAGCAGUCUCCCUUGACCAAGUUGUCCGUUUCACCCAUUUCCGAUUAUUCCAAAGAACUAGCAGAGUCCACAACUACGUUGGUUGACGAUGGAAACUUUAUGGUGGAUCAAGAUGCCGAGUAUCAACGAGGAUUGGCUGUGAUUAUGGUUGUCACGUUCAUCUUUGCGGGCCAUUCGCCCCUGGCCCAUGCGGUGUUCUCCCUGACCGACAAACCUCCACCCGUGCUAUUGGUCAAUGCAGGAGCUGCCAUUUCCGCACUGUGUUCUUUGUUUCUACUCAAACCAGUCUUGGAGAGUACCAGCAUGUUGGAUACCCCAGAGUUGUCCGAUGAACUGGCUUUGGAAUCUAGAGAUGAUAGCAAUGAUCUUAGAGCAGGCUUUGAAAUGGGACUCUUCAAGACAUUUGGAGCUACAUUAAACUUUUACGGGCUCUCAUUGACCAGUGCUACCCAUGGGGCAUUCCUAGUCCAGUUGACAACCUUGUUUGUGCCUGUCAUUCAAGGGUUGAUGGGUGUUCCAAUCACAAAAAGAAUGUGGACUGCAGUAGGACUGGCCAUGACAGGAGUCUUGCUGUUUACCCAGGGAUCAGAUGGCUCGGGAGAUGCAACUCUGAUUGGCGACGGUCUUUGUGUGGCAUCUGCCCUGUUCCUCGGGGCAUAUGACUUGAGUCUGAAUCGAUGGGGAGACAAGGUCCCUCCUGUCACUCUGAUUACGAACAAGAUUGCUUCUCAGGCCAUCUUGUCGUCAUCUCUGUUGCUUGCCUUUGGAGGAGACGAGAUCUGGGAUUACAUCCAUAAUGUGGUCUUGUCCGGAGAAAUGUCCACCAAUCUACUUGCUUUUGUGGCCAUUGCUGUUGGGAAUGGUCUUUUGGUAAAUGCUGGAGCGUCUCUUCUCCAGGUCCGGGCUCAAAAUGCAAUUGGCGCAACGACAGCGCAGGUUGUCUAUGCAACGCAACCAUUGAUUUCGGCCAUGUUGAGCUAUGCCUUUUUGCAUGAAACCAUAGGGGCCCCUGGCGUAGUUGGAGGAGCCAUGUUCUUGGGUGCUGUGUUCCUUGCUGGAAACCCAGAACCAGACAUUGCGGAAGAAAAGCCUUUUUGGGAUGAAGCAAGUCAGUAA